CGUGCUCACUCCGACGAGUGCUGGAAUCACAAACAUAGCGACACAGAAAGGGGGUAGCGCAUGACGCCAGCUACCUAAUGCCGUUGUCUCUUUUUCUCUCUCUCAGACACAGACACACUCCCCCUCUUUCUCACAUCAGCUCACGCCUCUCAGACACACGGUAGCACCGGAGCCAGGAAGCCGGACAGCGCUGGACAUAUCAUUCAUAUGGGGAAAAGAUCAGAAGGAAAGGAUUUACUAUCUCCAUCCCUCACCCUCUAAGGACCUUAUCCUCUUUUCCCUCCUUGUGUCUUUAAGCCUCUCCUGAUCUCAUUUUUUCUACAAUCCCUCUGUUUUUUUUCUUUUUAACACAGUUCUAUCCUUCUCACAAUUCAAUGCCGGGCUGAAGGGAAUCAGAAAAGGACUGUUGCUAUUCAGAAAGAAGGAUUAUUCGUAAAUUGUUUCUUUGAUCGGGAUCUUGAAUGUAUGGAUUGCCUGAACUGAAGGGAGUGACAGUUUUUCUUUUGAUGCUUUGUCCUGCGAGAGAUUUUUGAUCUUAUGUUUCUUAUAUAUUAUUUUUGGAUGGAUGGCUGAUGGCAGAAAGCUGUAACGCUGGUGCCGCCUGAGAUAUUUGGUCAAAAGGUGAUUUGCUAUAAUUUUACACAGCCGCCACCCGAGUGGAGGCCGCAGGCAUGACAGCUUGACCCCAUCUUUGCCCCGGCCCUCCGACAGAGGAAGGGUUCAAAGCUGUGUCAUGCCCCCUCACACCCACCUCCCUGGGGGCAUGGGUCUGCCCCCUGCCAGCAGGAUCUACGUGGCCCCACCUGUCUUCCUCUGUGUCCUCUGCCUGCUGGCGGCGCUGCUGCCGCCGGCCUCCUCCUGCCCUCCUCCCUGUCUCUGCUCCUCAGACGAGCGUGUGGUGGACUGUGGGGGCCGCGGCCUCUCCUCUCUGCCUCCCCUGCACCUCCUGCCUCCAGGGAGCCGCUCCCUCCUGCUGGCCAACAACAAACUCGCCUCACUGGGAGCCUCCGCCUUCGCUAACCUCUCCUCUCUGGAGGAGCUGGACCUGUCCAAUAACUACCUGGACAACUUACCAGCUGGAUUAUUUAAAGAAAUGUCCAACUUGACAAAACUGACUCUGCACAACAACUCGUUGACGGUUAUGGACAGAGACCUGUUCCAGGGUUUGGGUAGUCUUCAGAGUCUAGAUCUUUCACUGAAUGGUCUGUCCACAGUUCCGAUUGGGCUACUGGACGAGCUGCAGAGGCUCAGGUGGCUGUCACUAGCAGGUAACAGGCUUCACGGUUUGGAGCGGGCAGCGUUUGAGCCGCUGGCCAACCUGCAACACCUGGAACUGGGACACAACCCUUGGGAAUGCGACUGCAACCUCCGUGACUUCAAACACUGGAUGGAGUGGCUGCUGUACCGAGGAGGCAAGGUGGACGCGGUGGAGUGCACGCUACCAAAAGAUCUGCGUGGGAGAGACAUCCGUGGCGUUCCAGUGGAAAUGUUUAACUACUGCCUCCAACUUGAAGAUGAGAAUGGCGGAGGAGGCGGUGAGGGUAGUCGCUCUGCACAAGGAGGCGUUCCUCCAUGCAGCAGGAGUGCUCUUAACCCCAGUGGGACCACGCCGGUCUCUGACAACAGUGGUAGCACCGGCGAUGACUCCUCUCCAAGCGCCGCCGCCGGCGGAGGAGGCGGAGGAGGGGAGGACUGCGUCCGCGCCCGCUACCGCCCCGUGAGCGUGCGCCGCGCCAUCGGCACGGUGGUGAUUGCUGGCGUGGUGUGCGGCAUCGUUUGCAUCAUGAUGGUGGCUGCCGCCGCUUACGGCUGCAUCUACGCUUCUCUGAUGGCCAAGUACCAGCGAGAGCUGAAGAAGAGGCAGCCGCUGAUGGGAGACGGGGAGGCCGACGGGGAGGACAGAGAGGAAAAACAGAUCUCGUCUGUGGCCUGAGAGAGGGCUGGGGUGUGCGAGGGUUGGCACAAAGUCAUAGGGUGAAGGUUGAUGGGGAUGAAUAUUAAAAGGGCUCAAAGAGGAGAGAGAUGAAAGAGCUUGUUUUAUACUCACAAACAGUUAUAGUGUCUCUCCCUCUGACUCUCAAACCAACACCUCUCCCACUUUUUGUCUUCCUUUCUUCAGCCCUUUUCUAUUUUUAACUUCCUCCAUUUCUGUCUCUCUCUCUUUAAGAUGUCCACACACACACACACACACACGCACACGCACACACACACACACGCACACGCACACACACACACACACACACACACUCACACACACACACACACACACACACACACACACACACACACACACACACACACACACACACACACACACACAUCUUAUCUGCUUCCUCAUUUUCUCCUCUAUUUGGACCCUCUGCAGUAUUUGUAAGCAGUCGUCCCUCCAAAUUGCCUACCAGCCACCUACUGUUGCUGAAUUUAUCAUCAAAUUGGCAGGGAGAAAAAAAAUUUGGGACUCUCUGUGGAAUGAAACAUGUCAUUUAAUCUUUUACAGAACAUCGCAUGGUGUAUGGUCACACAGUAUUGUAUACCAGUACAGAAAACGCAGGGAUUCAUUGCAUAUAUGGUGUUGAUUGGGUCAAAGUACACGCUAACUAAUAGGCUUUGUGCCUUCUCUCUGAUUCUCAACCUCUCCAAGGCCCUUUGAAAAGAAUUGAAAACAGGAGCAGAAACCUCUGGCCUACUCCUCUGGACUACUCCUACUCUGGCCUACCCGGGUUUUCUCAGAAAAUGACUGAUGUGGACACAUUUUUUGGGAAUGAUUGAACUUAAUGGAAGAUAAUUAAGUGUUAGAGAAGCAAUGUGUGCAAUCAAGACCACUCUAUUGCUUUGCCACUGAAAGACCAUGAUAGAUAAAUGUUGAUGAAGAAAUCAAAGCCACAAGUUGCACUGGAAAUCACUGGGAUCGACCAAAUAAGACCAUUUCAAAUUCAUGACGUAUGAAGGACAGAUCUCACUUAUUUUCUGGAUUUUCUUAGGCCUGAGAUAAAGAUCCUCCUGCAGGAGCUGCGCUGAAGAUUCAACGAUGAACUCCGCAAUUAUCGCAGUAGGAAACAUUGCAUUUAACUUUCCGUUUACUUUUUGUGUCUUUUUCAGAAAAAAACACAUUUGAUGCUCAUGAAGUGACUAUACUUCUGGAUAAAAAGUUUUGACACACCUGCUUGGACAGAAAGGACGCCCUCCAGGUGAAGGUUUGAUAAGAUGGCAUGAAAAAAAACACUCCAGAGACCACCAUUUCUGGCAAGGACUACAAAAAAACUCAUACAAGGACUACAAAUGUCUGGCUCCUGCACUUUAUUCUCCAAUCAAAUCCCCUCUUGCCUUUCUGUCACUCCUUCUUUUCUUCUUUUCCUUUCUAAGACAGACUAAUUGCAGAGAGGAAUCAUAGAAAAAGGGGGAUCAAACAAAAACGCUGCUAUUUUACCCCUUUAUCCUCCUUAUGCUUUUACCUCUAUCCAUUUUUUCCGAUCCAACGCUAUAAGUGGAACGUUUUUCACACUCCACCUCCAUACUUUCCUUGCAUCCAUCCCUUCACCAAAAGUAUUGCUGCCCUUUUGUUUUCUUGAAAAAGUCAGCAAUAUGCAAUGGAAAAACGUGGUCACCGGUUAUCUGAGAAGAACACAGUUGAAUCUGCUAAAAUAGAUAGGUAUAAAAGUGGAUAGUCUGUCUGCUUCACAUAAUGUUUUCAUUAGCAUUUUGAUUUUUGCCUCAAAACAUUUAUGUGGACUUUAACAUGUUACAGUGUUCAGAAAUUGAUUACUGUAUUUUAAGUGACUUAAAUACCAUUCAUUGCAUAUUGCUCAUCGGGAGUAAAACUACAGUUUUCCAUGUACGAUUGGCUUGAAAUGAACUUAUAUUAAUAGUGUGUUAACUUCUACCUUGCAGAUACAUAUUAUCAAGCUAGUCUACUAUUAUGUGUUGACCCAGAGAUCCAAAAUGUUUUGGUGUAACCGUUUAUGGUUUUUCUGUAUGAAUUCAUGGCAUACGGUAUGUCUUUUGUUGUGUCAAUGGCUUCUAUGUUUUGUUUUAGAUUUAAAUAUCUCUGUAAUGUUGACCUGUUAUGUCUAUUUAACUGUGUUCAGUAGUUGGUAAAGUUUCUGUAAGAAGCAUAGACAGAGUUUAGCCUGUGUGAAGGGGUCUGAUAUUUCCUCAUUGCUGAGUAUAACGUAGAGCUCCACAACUGACAGAUAACCUCUAAGUGAAAUGUUUAUAGUACCAGAUAUGUUUCUCAUGGAACGUUUAUCAAGUGUCACGAAUGAUUUCCAUGCGGUUUUUGUAUUUUGAGUGUCAAUGACAUGCAAAUAGAUAUAUGGAAAGAAAUUACAUUCAAAAUUAGCCUUAAGAAACAUGCUAUUUAUUCAUAAUGCAAUGAGAUCACCUUGAAAUCUCCUUUGAAUUAAGACAAACUUAGAAAAAGUCCUUGAACAUGACUUGCAGGUUCUGCCUCUAAAACCCUUCUCUGCAGAAGAUACCGCCGCGGGGCAGAUUUGGUAACCAUGGAACAAUGUUGGAGUGACAGUGGACGACACUGAUUAUAAACUGUUCCAGCUCGAGCUCAAAUGUUUCCACUCAUUCAUUGUGGACUGAUGUUGACAUUAUAACAUUUUAAGCAUUGGCAGAAGUUAAAGGAACCUCAUGGCAUGGCGCGAGUUUCAGUAAAAAAUUAUAUAUAUAUAUAUAUAUAUAUAUAUAUAUAUAUAAUUCUUUACAGUGAAUAGAUUAUACUUUAAGAUGUCAGACCUGAAUAAGUAGGAAAAAACUCAAAGUUAAUAUCUUCAGUAAACAAAUGCAUAAUUUUGACCAUUAAAUAUCUAUUUUAGCUGUAGAAACAUACUACAAAUCCCAUAUUGAUAGUGUGGUAAUAGUAAUAUUACUAUUACAAAAUAUCACAUCGAUUAAGUGAAUGACAAUUUGAUUUUUGCCAAUUUUAUAGUUUGAUUUUGAUUAAAUUAAGGAAUUAGUGAGCGAUAUGAAACAAUACAUGUAUAUUGAGUAAAUGCAAUCACUUCCAUUCAGAUCAAAUCACUGCAUUUAACUAAAAAAACAUUUCACUUUUUUAUUUUUUGGAUUUAUUUAAACAUAAAAAACCAUCUGUAAUUUUAAUAAAAAAUAUAUAAUAAAAGGACUCGUGACAACAUGUAUUGAUGAGGAUUAUGCGUACUGAUGUUGGAUCGAUAUAUUAUUUUUAUUAAUCAAUGCAUCAACCCAUCUGUAUCAAUGCAGAUCAACAGAUCGUCACACUCCUGGUGGGAUUUAUAUCAAAAUCAUGUUUCACAAAAGCUCAUCUUACAGUCCAGAACUGGCCGAGUCUGUGAUCCAACUUAAGCCUAGUCAAUCGUGCAACAACGCACCGUAAUAAUGUAAAAGCAAGUGAAAGCAAGUUUCAGGUCUUUGUGGCUGACCUGAUGUUAGUAACAAGUAUAACACCGAGACUCCAAGCCAGUGCCUGAAUGAAAGCAUCAGCUAAAUUCUGUCUAUGAAUCUAGAAAUAUUGCUUUCUCACGACCGGCCUGCAGGUCUUGUAAUGUCGGUAGCAGAGUAUCUUGGCUGGCUCAGUCCUCUUCCUAUAGCGUGUGUGUAAAGAAUAAUAAAACUAUCGUUUGUUACAUACAAAACGGCAGCAGCAGCCAUGACGAUGGAGGGCCUUUACAUUUGCACAGUCCAGAGACAUGUGGUGAGUUGUGUUAUUAUGAUCAUUAUACGAUGAUGGCAGUGAAGCAUUUCCUGGUUAAUAUGCAUUGAUUUGAAUAAAAACAUAUCACAUCUGUGUCAACUUUAUAUCCAGAGCAAUGACAAAGCCAGAAAGCCUGAUACUUAUUACUCAAACUUGUACAUAACGAUGAAUAUUGGAAAAUAAAGUAGGAAAAGGGAAAGCUUUCUUCCAAAUUAGAGAAAGACCAACCUCAAUACAAUGGCCUUUUUCUGAACAAGUAAAGGUCAGAAAAUAUAAUAUGUAAGAUAUCUGAGCAGAGGCUGAGGUUUAAUACAUACAGACUGUAUAAAUGGGAGUACAAAAGAGUCACGAUAGCGGCCCCUCUUUUUGCUGUGUCCUAUUCACUACCUCCUCUCACCUCUAUAUUUUUCAUCUUCUUGCUCCCUUCUUUCCACUCUCACUUAUCUUGUCUCAAUUUAUCUUCCUGUCGCCUUCCCUCCCAUCAUCUUUUUUGUCUUUUCACCUUCCUCUCUCUUAUUUUUGCCCUACUUAUCCUUUGCUCCAUCUGAUCCACUGACUCUUUUUCA